AUUAGUUAGAAGAAAAUCCAAGAUGGCUUCUCACGCAUCGAGAGCGGCUGCAGUCGCAAGAAAAGUUAAACCUAUGUUGUCAAGUAAUGAUCCCGAGGCAGCAAGACGAAGAGUAUUUCAACUUUAUAAAGCCUGGUACAGAGAAUUGCCAGAAACUGUGCGACAGUACCAGCUGGAUCUGACUGUAAAGCAAUGUCGAGAUAAACUACGAGAGAUGUUCAUGAAAAACUCCCAUGUUAAAGAUCCGAGGGCAAUAGAACUAUUAGUCAUCAAGGGUAAGAUGGAACUUGAAGAGACAAUCCAAGUGUGGAAGCAGCGGACCCACGUCAUGAGAUACUUCCAGGAAUCAGAGAAACCGCCCAAAACCGACUUCUUGUCUAAAUUCUACGAGGGUUCAGAUUAACGAUGAUGAAGCCUUGUGCAGAACACUUUGGUCAGGAUCUUUAACUCUUGAACUUUUUAUAGCAUUGAGACCGAGAACGAUUACUGAAUCCAUCUGAAACCCAUUAGUGUAAAAAGUCAACACCAAAAACUGUUUAGCCCUUCAGAGACCAUUUAUUUAUGAUAUCAAGUAAUAAAUCCACAAGGGAAACUUACUGGGUAAAUUGUAAUAAUUUAGGACUAUUAACAAAGGAAAGUUUACUAGGGUGGGACUUGAAUCUGCAACCUCUGGAGUAAUGUGCUGGCACUCUACUAACUGAGCUAUUUCGCUCUAAUGUUGGCGGUCUUCCUUUUUUGUUUGGGGUGCUAUUUUAGAAGACAGUCAACUUGCAACUGCCUUAUAGCCAGAGAACACAUCCAAGUUUGCUUAGGGCCAUGACACACAAGGCAAUUUACAGGAAACCAGUUCCAGGCAAACUCUAAGAAGAAAAGCCAUUCACAUUUCAAUGUUCACCUAUUUUUCUUGAAAAUUUACUCAUGUGCUACCAAAGUGGUCCUGUACAUAUAGUUGGUUGCCUUCAAGUAAAAGUUGCCUUGUGUGAAAUGGCCGUACAUUCAACCUGAGAAGCAGCAGUAGAGGGAUUACAAGGACUAUGUCACCUGGGCCGAAUUCUGCGCUUAUGAUCACGAUUCCCCGCUUACGUGCAAGCGCUGAACUUCUGCGCUAGCCUUUUAAGCGU